AUGUCUCCUGCGAUCGGAGCCGCGAGCUUCAAGAUGAAGAAGAAACACAUUCGCGUGAAGCACCAGAAACGGAAGCUGUUCCGUGCCAACGAACCGCUUCUCUCAGUGUUCAUGUGGGGCGUGAACCACUCAAUCAACGAGUUGAGCCACGUGAACAUACCCGUCAUGUUGAUGCCGGACGACUUCAAGGCUUACGCGAAGAUCAAAGUCGAUAAUCAUUUGUUCAACAAGGAAAACAUGCCGAGCCAUUUCAAGGUGAAGGAAUAUUGUCCUCUUGUGUUUCGGAAUUUGCGGGAACGUUUCGGCAUGGAUGACGUCGACUAUCGGGAGAGUUUGACUGUGUGUCAGCCAGUGGCAGUGGAUUCCCCGGGUCGAUCAGGGGCCAAAUUCUACUUGAGUCACGACCAGUUGUUCGUCAUCAAAACGCUAACGACAGAGGAAGUGGAGCAGAUGCACGUUCUCCUCAAGCCUUAUCAUCAAUACGUGGUGGAACGACACGGAAAGACGUUGUUGCCGCAGUACAUGGGGAUGUACAGACUCACUGUGGAGAGUAUCGAGCAUUACAUGGUCGUUAUGCGGAACGUGUUCAGCGCCAAUUUCAAGAUUCACACGAAAUACGACUUGAAAGGGUCAACGGUGGACCGAGAGGCAAGUGAGAAGGAAAAAGGGAAGGACUUGCCAACUUUGAAGGACAACGACUUCGUUAAAGACGGUGUGAAAAUUCUCAUCGGGCCUGAUGCUAAGGACAAAUUGUUGGAAACGCUGAAUGCGGACACUGCAUUCCUCACCAAAGUGCACGUGAUGGACUAUUCGCUGCUUUUGGGGAUCCAUGAUUGUGAGCGCGCUGAACAAGAAGAUCGAGAGGACAUGGAACGGCAAGCGCUCGAAGGUGAUGAUGAGGGUGAAGAAAGCAGUGGAUCUGGUGGAGCUGGUCCCAGAUCCAUUGGUGGUGGAGAUGCUAAUCCCGUGCCAACACCACCUGACAGUCCGCUGAACUUCACUCGCCCUCGGGCUCUUUCGAAUGGGCAAAUCGACCCGCAAACUGAUCUCUAUGCAAUUCCCAGUGUUGAAGGUGGAGAGCCGGAAUACAUUUAUUUCAUGGCUAUCAUCGACGUUCUCACUCACUACGGUGUGAAAAAGCAGGCUGCAAAAGCUGCCAAAACUGUGAAAUAUGGCGAAAAAGCGGAAGGAAUCUCGACGGUAGAACCCGAGCAGUACGCCAAGCGGUUCAUCGACUUCUUGUCAAAAGCCAUUGAGUGAAAGCAGUCAUUUCUAGUUUUGUGUGUGUCUCUGUCCACACACGCAGUGUUUAAUUUAUUUCAUGCAAUCAGUGUUUCCAAUUCGAUUUUGUUUAUUUUUCCUCCAAGCUGGCUGUGAAAGGACGUUGCUUUGUUCUGGCUUUUUUUUUGUUCUUAGUUUUGAGGGCAAGGUGCAAGAAACUUUAGAGCGCGAGCAAGGCUAAUCUUUGAAGGCAUUCUGCUGGGAUGAAAGGGAAUUUUAUGUUGGUUGGCCGAGAGAGAGAGAGAGAAAGCGAUCCUAAACUUUUUUGUUCUCUCUCUUUUGGUUCGUUUCCUGAACGAAAAAAAAUGCUGAUCUUACUUGUGGAAUUGUGAUAGUUUAUAGUGGCUUAUUAUGCUUUCCAGUUAAUCGGCCUAUUGAACGAAAGAAUCUUGAUUCAGCGAGGAUUCUAUCAGCCGGAAUGUUUGCUUGCUUAGUCGCUGGCAGUGUUAUCCACACGUUGUUUUUUUCGGCAAAUUUGGAUCAAGUUUACUGAGCUGUGUACUGAUAUUGUUUUUGUUUUGUUUUUUGAACACGAGAAAUUGGUCUGAGGUAGGCAUUAAUUUUCGGGAUCUGGAAAAGAGAAUAAUGAUGAGAGGAGAAAAGGUUGUUUGUGUUGCAUUUGCGCUAAAAAAACAAAAUUCCGGUCCAUCUUUUUUUUGGAAUGGUUACCUGAAUCGUAUGCACAUGAUCAACAGCAAGUCAUCCGUGUUUUAGAGGAACUCAAGUCGGUGUGUUUGUGUGUGUGUGCUUUUUUUUUUGGUUCCCUUUAGAAUCUCUGGUGGCAAACUUUGGAUUUGCUUUCGUGCUGCAAUUGUACCAAUAUAACCGCGUCGGUUCCACUGUUUGAUUUUUCUA